AUGCCACUCCAUUCAAAAUUUUUGAAAGAUCUUUUAACUAAAGAGAGCAAGUACAUUCAUAGUGAUAAUAUUGUUGUGGAAGGAAAUUGCAGUGCAGUGAUUCAAAGAAUCCUUCCACCGAAGCACAAGGAUCCUAGGUGUUUCACAAUUCCCUGCUCUAUUGGUUUUGUGUCUGUUGGAAAAUCUCUCAUUGAUUUGGGGGCCAGUAUAAACUUGAUGCCACUCUCCAUGUGCAGUAGACUUGGAGAGUUGGAGAUUAUGCCAACAAAGAUGACACUACAGCUUGCAGACAGAUCUAUUACCAGACCUUAUGGAGUGAUUGAAGAUGUUCUGGUUAGAGUAAAACAUUUUACUUUCCCUGCAGAUUUUGUGGUCAUGGAUAUUGAAGAGGACACUGAAAUUCCCUUGAUCUUGGGACAUCCCUUCAUGCUAACAACCAGUUGUGUAGUAGAUAUGGGGAAAGGUAAAUUGGAAUUGAGCGUGGAUGACCAGAAAGUUACAUUUGACUUAUUUGAGGCGAUGAAGCACCCAAAUGAUCACAAUGCCUAUUUUAAAGUAGAAAAGGUGGAACACUAG